AUGAGCGAACUUCUUAAUUACCUGGUGGACAAUGACGAGAACUUUAGAAGAGCUCGUCUUCCAGCCCUGUACUCCGACUUCCGUUCCCAACGAACCUUGAACCCCGAUGGCUUCGCUGCUAAUGUCGCCGCAUGGAAGCGGGCACUAGCCUCGGCCGCCCUAGCCGGCUACGUACCCUCCAAAUCACCCACACGAAGCCAUCUGACUCUCGACCUCGACGGCGAUGCCUUCCUACGUUCACUCGAGACCAAACAGUUCGGACGCCCGCUAGCGCUGGGUACGGUGCUUCAGGAGGCCCUCGCAAAUGGGGAGUUGAUGCCAUUGCAGCAGUUCCUGAAGUCUAAGGAGAGCAUAUACUAUCACUCAUGGGGCAGUAUCCCGUGGGCUGUGAUGUCGUGGGGGCUGAAGCAAGUGGGAAUAGGUGGUCCUAGUGAUAAUCUACCUAAGGGCCAGUUCGUGGUGUUGCAAAAUCUAGAACACGCCGCCAAGUCAUUCAGCGAGGCCACCGCAGACCGUACGUCGCCCUUCGAGCGGACCUUUUCGAAUACCCAUUUCCAGCGAACCUUCGCCGAGGGCAUACUCGACAAGAACGGGCGCCUCUCCGAGACGGAUCUCAAUGUAUUAGUGACGUUCUUGUCGCGGGACAAGCAAGUGCUGGCCACGGAUGGGAACACUAUCAAGAUCCGAACUUCCCAAGGCGAAGACGGAGUUAUUACGGAGGAAGACUCGGCGAUUGCCUCUCUGAAGGAACUUAUGGAAGACCUGACACACCAAACCGAAGUUUUGAGCCGGCGUGUGGACGAACUGAACCUCGCUGCGCAAGAUGCCGUGCGUCGCAAGAACCGCGUCGCCGCGCUGGCAGCCCUCAAAUCCAAGAAGCUGGCCGAGACCAACCUAUCCCGACGCCACGCCACCCUCAAUCAACUCGAAGAUGUAGCGGCUAAGAUCGAGCAGGCCGCCGAUAAUGUGCAGCUAGUGAAGGUGAUGCAGUCCAGCACGACCGCGCUCCGCAACCUGAACGCCCAGGUCGGCGGCGCCGACAAAGUCGACGAGGUGCUGGAGAACCUGCGCGAGCAGAUGGGCGAGGUGGACGAGGUCGGCAACAUCAUCGCCGAGGCCGGGCCGGGCGCCACGAUCGACGAGGACGAGGUCGACGAGGAGCUCGAGGCCAUGCUGGCGGAUGAGCGGAAGAAGGAGGACGAGGCACAGCAGGAGAAGGAUGCGGAGGAGACGAGACGCAAGCUGGCGGAGCUGGAGAAGUUGGGCGCUUUGCCGGUGCCGGGAGACGAGGGGAAGCAGAAGGAUACGAGACCACUUACGCCGGUCACGGCUACGGCUAAUGAGCUGGGGGGGAUGAACAUAGGCGCGUAG